CAUUUCUGAGGGCGGUUCCGUUUUUUAGCUAUCCAUUUUGGUUGGAAGCGUACAAACAUGUAUCUAACGUACAAUUUUGCUGUUCUUGUUGUAAUCUUUGGUUAUACACAUUCCUUGGAUGUAGAAUGUUCUAGUUACACUGUGUUGAACUCAAGUAGUCGUGCUCAAGGAGUACCCAGAGGUAACAUAACAAAGUGCGACGAUACUCUCAUCCCAGAAUGGUACCGCUUCAUGGGAGAUGCUGGGACUGCUAUGCCGACAUCUUGCACCCGUAAAAACUACUGCGGUACUGACGCCUCUGGGUGGAUGCAAGGUUCUCACCCCACCCAAACAGAGGGUAUCGUGACUCGUAGAGUGUGCUAUCAUUGGAAUAGUAACUGCUGUAACUGGAACAACAAUAUUCGUGUCAGAAACUGUGGAGGGUUCUACGUGUACGAGCUUGUCAGACCUCCAAACUGCCACCUUCGUUACUGUGGCAACGGGACAGGUGCGCGCAUUCAAGGGGGAGGGUCCUCAGGUCGAUUACAAGUUCUUCAUAAUGGAGAAUGGGGUACAGUGUGUGAUGAUAUCUGGUCCAUGACCAACACCCACGUGGUUUGCCGUCAGCUUGGCUUUGCUGGUGCCCUUUCUUAUCAUAACAGUGGAGGAGUAACAGGACAGAUAUGGCUUGAUGAUGUACGAUGUUCUGGCAACGAGAGUGCUAUUCAACAGUGUAGACAUAAUGGGUGGGGGAGGCACGACUGUAGUCAUCAUGAAGACGUCUUUGUAACCUGCUAUCGUGAUGUAUCAGCAACAGCAGUAGCACCAACAACAGCAUCACUAACAGCAGUAGCACCAGCAACAGCAUCAGCAACAGCAGUAGCACCAACAACAGCACCACCAACAGCAGUAGCACCAACAACAGCAUCAGAAACAGCAGUAGCACCAACAACAGCACCAGUAACAGCAGUAGCACCAACAACAGCAUCAGCAGGAGUAGCAAACACAACAACAACAGCUGCAUUAUCAGGCUUGACUCAAUGUAACAGCCAUCCCUGUCGUAACGAAGGAAGUUGCCAUGGAGAUCAAUACCAUUAUUACUGUAACUGUUACCAUGGAUUCACUGGAAAACAAUGUGAGACAAGAUUUUAUGGCAACAUCACAUUCAUCAUGGAUCUCUACCAGACUUCCAACUACUCAACACCUUACUCACCUUCUGCUUACCCAGUGGUUGUCUACCCAAACCAGUCUCUGUGGGUUCAGUAUGAAGUCAAGAGCACCACUUUUGAUCUGGUCGUUUUUGCUGAGAAUUGUUGUGCUAACAAUUCAACCAAUCCAGACUCAUUUCCACAACACGUGUUUCUAGAGAGAGGGUGCAUUGUUGAUUCGACCAUGGUGUACUUCCACAACCCCUACAGUAAAGUCCAACGAUUUUCCAUCAGAUCGUUUCGAUUUGCCUACUCUAAUUCCCAUCUGGUUUAUCUCCACUGUGAACUGCUUGUGUGUCAUCAAAACUCUACCAACUCCAGAUCCAGAUGUGCUGUUGGUUGUACCAAACCUAGAAGCCGUCGUGAUUCCAGUGAUCUGGAAAGCUCUAUGCCGUAUAAUUUGUCUGUAGGCCCUUUGAAGGCGGUGAUGGCCGAGUCAAACAAUGUCAACAAGGGAGGGAAAACUUCCUUCCACGUCAACACCAUCCUGAUAUCCGUCCUUGUCACUGCUGGUGUAUUCUCUGUCAUCACAUUACUCCUCUUGAUAAUUAUUUACCGAAAUUGCCGGCGUGAUAAAAAAGUCGAGCCAGCAAGCUGCCAAAAUGAACAGGAAAACGGCGAAAAAGAUGAAAGCCGAAACUAGAUAACAUGAACAUGUAGUUAGGUAUAUUUUGAAGGUAGUUUAUCUAAAGUGUUUUGUUAACUUUUCUUUUAUUCCCUUCGCCUAAUCAGAAAAAAAGUCACACCCUUGCAAACAUAAAAGUUCAUAGAUACCUUUACGCAUGCGUAAUAUUUGCCUACAUCACAAGUCCAUAUAUGGUAAUAAACUUCAUUUGAUGUUCGUCAAAUGUGAAGCUUUCUGCAUGAUGCAAAAAUAUCGUUAGAAACAACAGACUUUACCAUACUAUCAGGUUCUUACUCUCUACCAAUGGAGAAUAACUCGAAAGGCGAAGGAAAUGAAGGGGUUUUGAGGGUUUUUUGCACUAAAUUGUCGAUGAAAAUUGUCCAACGAAAGAGUUGAAGUUUCAAGAUGAAUGUCGUCGAAGUUGCUGGCAAAUAUUCUUGAAAGACGUUAACUUCAUACUUCGAAAUAAAAAUUCUGGCUAGCGUCCUGUUGUGGCCAGAGAGAGUGUAAGUA